AAUCACAGUUGUGAUCCUAAUAUGGAUUCCAUUGUGUGUCUUGAUAUGUCAGCAUUCAUAACUCUGCAAACUAUAAAAAAAGGUGAACAGUUGUUUAUUUCUUACGGACAAGAAUUUCAUCACAUGCCAACUCCGAAACGAAGAGAAGAAUUACAAAAUAUUCGAAGCUAUUGGUGCGAUUGUCCUGCUUGCAUCAACAAUUGGAAUCCGGGACAUGAUUUUCCGUCAGCUUAUUAUAUAUUACCGAAAAAAAUCGCACCAAAAAUGUCAAUGACGUUCAUGGAAUGCACUAUCCAAAUUACAAAACAAAAUUUUUUCAACCAUGACACUACAUCUCCCGAAGAAAUUAAGAAGCUAAUGUCGGGUAUUUUUAAAAUGAUCAAUCUAAUAGGACGGUACAAUAUAUAUCCUUGUGAAGAAAUAUCACAGGGAAAAGCUUUACUGUAUUGCAUUAUCAAAUGGAUCGCGGGUUACCAAUCACCGAUUGAUCCGUAAAAUUCUGUUUUUCAUUAUUAAGAGUCAUUUUAAAUGACAUUAAGUACGAUAGUUUAAGUAUUCUUGUGAAACUA